UAGUCGUCCUGUGUUUCACAUUGUUGUGGGUGAGUCUUGCGUGGAGGCAGGGUUCUGGGAUGCACCGAGGUCGUUAUACAGCACGUUGGGCCUGGCUUCCGAGGGGACUCCUGAGAGAGGCCUGGCCCCUCCUUUCGCGUCCGUGGGAUCAGAGUCACCGUCGGGUGGUCUUCUUUCUAAGGACCCUUUAUGCGAUCGUGAGGAAAAGAUAGAGGCAAGACAGGAUGGUAGCUGAGUGUUUGAGGGAUUGUUCUCAGGACUCAGUGACCUUCACUGAUGUGGCUGUGUACUUCAACCAGGAAGAGUGGACUUUACUGAAUGCCUUUCAAAGAAAGCUAUAUAGAAAUGUGAUGCUGGAAAACUACAAGAACCUGACCACAGCAGGAUAUCAGGCAAUCAAACCCACUUUAAUCUCUUGGUUGGAACAAGACUUAUUAAAAACUGUGGAGAGAGGAAUCCUCCAAGAAUGGGAAAUGCAACUUAUAUCCAAUGACUUGGGAAUUCAGCAGGAUAUUUUGCCAGAAAAAACAUCAAAUAGGGUACAAAUGACACAAAGCCAUAAUGGACAGGAACUGUAUGACUGUGAGCACAGCUGGAAAGACUUCAGUGACAGUGACUACUUGUACCAUAGUACACAAAGGAGAACUGAAAAUGGAGGCAAUUCUCAUGAAUAUAAUCAUUAUGGAAAAAGCUUCCUUAUUCUACACAAUGAAUCCUUUACUGGAGAAAAAUGUUCCAUGUUUAAUCAGUAUGGAAAAGCCAUCAGGCUGACUCCAGAUACUGUGUACUGUCAAUCUAGCAUACAAGAGAAAGCCUUAGAACACAGAGAUUGUGGGCAGUCCUUUGCUAAUGGGUCUUUUCUUCAGGCACAAGUGAGAGCUCAGAAGAAAAAAAGACAUGACAAUUGGAAUGAAUGUGGGAGAGCUUCCAUUCAGUCAACAAGCCUCCAGGCACAUGUACCAACUCACACAGCUAACAAACAUUACAUAUAUGGGGAUUCUGGAAAAGUCUCCGAUGCAACCCUAAGCCAUAGACGACAUAUAAAAACACGCACUGUAGAGAAGCCUUUUCAGUGUGACACAUGUGGGAAAGCCUUUGGAUCAUCCUCAUACCUACGCAUUCACAUACGAAUUCACACUGGAAUAAAACCCUACAAAUGUAAGAGAUGUGGGAAAGCAUUUGUAUCCUCCUCAUACUUUCAAGUUCACAGUCGAAUUCAUGCUGGAAUAAAACCCUACAAAUGUAAGGAAUGUGGGAAAGACUUCUCUCAAUCCUCAAACCUCACUGGACAUAUGAAAACUCACACUAGAGACCAGCCCUAUAAGUGUAAGGUAUGUGGGAAAGACUUCCAUCGAUCCUCAGACCUCACUGGACAUACGAAAACUCACACUGGAGAGCAACUGUAUAAAUGUAAGGAAUGUGGGAAAGCCUUUGGGUCAUCCUCACACCUUUGUGUUCACAGUCAAAUUCACACUGGAAUAAAAAUAUACAAAUGUCAAGAAUGUGGGAAAACCUUCACUGGUUCCUCUCGCCUUAUUGAACACAUGAACACUCACACUGGAGAGAAGCCUUUUAAGUGUGACACGUGUGGGAAAACCUUCACUCAAUCCUCAUGCCUUACUAAACAUAUGAAAAUACACACUGGAGAAAAGCCUCUUAAGUGUGACAUAUGUGGGACAACUUUUACUCAAACUUCAUACCUUACUCAGCAUAUGAGAACACACACUGGAGAGAAGCCGUUUAAGUGUGACAAAUGUGGAAAGGCCUUUGCUGCUUACUCAUAUCUUAGUAACCAUUUCAGAACUCACACUGGAGAGAAGCCUUUUAAGUGUGACACAUGUGGGAAAACCUUCGUUCAAUCCUCAGGCCUUUCUCAACAUAAGAAAACUCACACUGGAGAAAAGCCUUUUAAAUGUGACAUAUGUGGGAAAACCUUCAGUCAAUCCUCAUACCUUUCUCGGCAUAUGAGAACACACACUGGAGAGAAGCCUUAUAAGUGUGACACAUGUGGGAAAGGCUUUGGGUUUUCUUCUAUUCUUCGUAGACAUUUACAGUCUCAUACUGGUGAGAAGACUGCUAAAUGUGAAAAAUGUGGGAAAACCUUCACUCGAGCCUCAGGCCUUACUCAACAUAUGAAAACACACACUGGAGAGAAGCCUUAUAAGUGUGACAAAUGUGGGAAGGCCUUUGUUGACUCCUCGUGUCUUACUAAACACUUUAGAACACACACUGGAGAGAAGCCUUUUAAGUGUGACAAGUGUGGGAAGUCCUUUGCUGUUUCCUCUCGUCUUACCAAACAUUUUAGAACUCACACUGGAGAGAAGCCUUUUGAGUGCAAUACAUGUGGGAAAACAUUUACCACUUCUUUGUCUGUUACCAUGCACAAGUGAAGGCACACUGGAGAGAAACCAUAUUCUUGUAAGGAACGUGGGUAAACCUUUUUAUGUUCCUCAAUACUUACUUCCUAUGUACAAUGACAUUGGGAGAAAAGCCAUUGGAACAUGAUAUGUGGGAAAGCCCUUGCUGAUUACUCCUGUCUUAACAUUUUGUUUUUAAUAUUUGACUGCACUGUGCAGCAUAUGAAACCUUAGUUCUCCAACUGGAGAUCUAACGUGUGCCCCCUGUAUUGGAAGGUAGAGCCUUAACCACUGUAGAACCAAGGAGGUCCCCUACUAAACAUUUUCAAAAUCAACACAGGAGAGAAUCCUUUUGAAGGUAAUAAACAUGGGAAAGGAUUGAUUCACCAAUUCUUCACCCUUUACCAUUCACUACUGUAUGCACACUGGAAAAACACUGUAAAUUUCAGGAAUAUGGGGAUCCGUUUUAUCAUUCAUAUCUCAGUAGUAAUGGAAAAAAGUAAGGAGACUAGCUAAGGAUUUCCUUCUGCCUGAAUCUAUCAUGUCUUGUCUCUAGAGCAAAGCCUAGAGUUCUUGAUCACAAUACACACACACAGUUCAACCGAUGGUGACUCCUGCACACCAGGUCCCUGCAGUGGCAUGAAAGAUGAGGUGAUGCCUUUGCACCAGCCAGGUAGAUUGGAGCCCAGAUACCUACACGCGCAGUUCCAGGAGCUACUGGGCUCCCCUGAGCUGGGAAUACAGAGCACUGUCUUGUGGGGGCUUCUUCCUUGAAAUACUUCUUGCAGGCUGAUGUGUGUCAAGACUCACCCUUCUUUUUGUAGAUGACAUAAUCCUAUAUGUAUAAAACUCUAAAGAUGCCUCCAGAAAAUCAUUAGAGCUAAUCAAUUAAUUUAGCAAAGUUGGAAGAAAUAAAAUUAAUACAUGGAAAUCCUUUGCAUUCUUGUACAUUAACAUUGAAAAAUAAGAGAUACUAAGGAAACAAUUCCAUCACCAUCACAACACAAAGAAUAAAAUACCAAGGAAUAAACCUACCUAAGCAGACAAAAGAUCUCUGUACAGAAAAUUUUAAGAUACUGAUGAAAAAAAUCAAAAGUAACACAAACAGUUGGAGACAUGUAUCAUGUUGUUAUUAGAAGAAUCAAUAUUCUGAAAAUGACUGUACUAUCCAGUGAUAUCUACAGAUUCAGUGCAAUACUGAUGGCAUUUUUCACAGAACUAGAGAAAAAAAUUUUUUUAGUUUGUCUGGAAAUUCAAGACCCCAAAUAGCCAAAGCAGUCUUGAGAAAGAGAGUGGAGGUGGAGCAAUCAACCUUCAUGACUUCAGACUAUACUACAAAGCUACAGUCAUUAAGACAGUAUGGUCCUGGCACAGAAACAUAGACCAAUGAUAAAAGAUAUAAAGCCCAGAGGUAAACCCACACACCUGUGGGCACCUUUUCUUGGACAACGGAGGCAAGAAUAUACAAUGGACUUAAGACAGCCUCUUUUAAAAGUGGUACUGGAAAAACUGGACAGCCUCAUGUAAAAGAAUGAAAUUAGAACACUUCCUAACACCAUACACAAAAUAAAUUUAAAAUGGAUUAAAAACCUAAAUGUAAGGCCAGAAAUUAUAAUAUUCUUAGAGGAAAAUAUAGGCAGAACACUCUUUGACAUAAAUGACAGCAUUCUCUCUUUGACCUACCUCCUAGUGUAAUAAAAAUAAAAACAAAAAUAAAUGGGACCUAAUUAAAUGUUCUAGCACAUGAAAGGAAGCUAUAAACAAGAUGAAAAGACAACCCUCAGAAUGGGAGAAAAUAAUUGCAGUGAAACAACUGAAAAAGGAUUAAUCUACAGAAUAUAUAAGCAGCUUAGGCAAAUCAAAUACCAAAGAACAAUCCAGUCAAAAAAUCAGCAGAAGACCUACACAGACAUUUCUCUAAAUAAUACAUAGAGGUGGCCCCCAAA